AAGCCGUUACAUUAUUCUCUCUCUCUCUCUCUGCUUCAACUCUCACUAUUGUCACUGAUUUUUCAAAAAUAGUUUUCACGAAGCACUGACAGAAGAACAGAGCACACUCGUUCUCGUUCUCUCUCUCUCUCUCUCUCACUCAAAAACGCUGUCGUUUUCUACUCCGCUGGUGGUUCUUGAUUCUCUCAGGCGCUCUUUCAACAACUUUUGAAGGACUCAAGAUUUCUCCGUGUGGAUAUAGUGAAGGCGAAGAUGAUUCGAACAUCUGCAGUCACUCCACUGACUAAGAUUCGAAGGACACUUUCGUCCACCCCGGGCGGUUCAAAAUUUCGGGAGGAGAAAAUAUUAGUCACUGUGAGGAUGAGGCCGCUGAGCCGAAAGGAACAAGCUAUGUAUGAUCUCAUUGCGUGGGAUUGCGUGGAUGAGCAUAGUAUUGUGUUCAACAACCCCAAUCACGAGCGCCCUGCAACCACAUACACCUUUGAUAAAGUUUUUAGUCCUACGUGCUCGACUCAGAAGGUUUAUGAAGAGGGUGCUAAGGAUGUGGCUCUAUCUGCACUUACUGGAAUUAAUGCAACAAUUUUCGCAUAUGGGCAGACUAGCAGUGGCAAGACUUAUACCAUGAGAGGAAUCACAGAAAAUGCCAUUAAGGAUAUCUAUGAGCAUAUCAGAAAUCACCAGGAGAGGGAUUUUGUUGUGAGGGUUUCUGCUUUAGAGAUCUACAAUGAGACUGUUGUUGACCUUUUGAAUCGUGAAUCUGGUUCCCUUCGGCUUUUGGAUGAUCAUGAGAAGAAAGGUACUAUUGUGGAAAAACUUGUUGAAGAGGUUGUUAAGGAUGGCCAACAUCUGCAGCAUAUAAUUCGAAUUUGUGAAGCUCAAAGGCAGGUGGGAGAAACUGCUCUAAAUGAUAAAAGCUCAAGAUCACAUCAGAUAAUAAGGCUGACUGUACAGAGUAGCCUUCGGGAAAGUUCUGGAUGUGUAAAGUCUUUCAUAGCAAGUUUGAAUCUUGUGGAUCUUGCUGGAAGUGAACGGGCCUCCCAAACAAAUGCAGAUGGCACAAGAUUGAAGGAAGGCAGUCACAUCAACCGUAGCUUGUUGACACUGACAAAAGUGAUCAGGAAGCUAAGCGAAGGCAAAAGGAGUGGUCACAUACCAUACAGGGAUUCAAAGCUUACACGAAUACUGCAGUCUUCACUUGGGGGAAAUGCUCGUACAGCCAUUAUUUGUACCAUGAGUCCUGCUUUAAGUCAUGUGGAGCAAACAAGGAAUACACUCUCAUUUGCAACUAGUGCAAAGGAAGUUACCAAUAAUGCCCAAGUAAACAUGGUUGUUUCGGAUAAGCGACUCCUGAAGGAUUUGCAGAAGGAAGUGGCUAGGCUUGAAGCAAAGCUACAAAGUCCUGAGUCUUCUUCAUCUUCAUGUUUGAAGUCCUUACUAUUGGAGAAGGACCUAAAAAUACAGCAGAUGGAGAGGGAGAUGGAAGAGCUAAAGCGACAGAGAGACCUUGUAGAGUACCAACUUGAAGAAGAGAGAAAAUCACACAAGGCACAAAAGGGUUUGGACCAAUGUGGGCCUUCUUGUCAAGUUGUUAGGUGUCUUUCUUUUCCUGAUGAAGAUCAAUCGGCUUCUGGUAAAACUACACCAGUAACUAGACCAAGAAAUGCAGUUGGAAGGCAGGCAAUGGUGAGGCAAUCUGCUACUUCAACGGAUCCAUCCAUGCUUGUGCAUGAAAUAAGAAAGCUUGAGCAACGGCAGAGGCAGCUUGGUGAGGAAGCAAAUCGGGCGCUUGAAGUACUGCAUAAGGAGGUUUCUUCCCAUAGAAUAGGGAGUCAAGAAACUGGUGACACUAUUGCGAAGCUGUUGUCUGAAAUAAAGGACAUGCAAGCAAUUAGCUUCAUUUCUGAAGAAAUUGUUAUUGGAGAUAAGACCAACCUGAUGGAAGAAAUAACCCGAUUGAAGACUCAAGGAAGCACCAUUGAAUCUUUAGAAAAGAAGCUUGAGAGUGUUCAGGAAUCUAUAGAUCAGCUGGUUUCAUCUUUCGCAAGUAGCAAGGAGACUCCCGAGUGCAAGACCCAAUCCAAAAAGAAAAAAUUUCUUCCUUUUGCUGUCAGCAACAAUGCAAACAUGCAAAAUAUAAUUCGAUCCCCUUGCUCACCUUUGUCCACUUCUCGUAAAAUGGAAUACGAGUUGGAGAACAAAGUCCCUGAGAAUAAAGAUGCUUUGCCCAGUAGUGAUACAUUGCCCAGGCCAUUUCAAGCAACUCCAGUAAAGGACAGACCUCCUGCUUCACAGCAAUCAAAUUCAGUUAACGUGAAGAAAAUGCAGAGGAUGUUUAAGAAUGCUGCUGAGGAGAACAUACGGAGCAUUAGAGCCUAUGUUACUGAGUUAAAAGAGCGGGUAGCAAAGCUUCAAUACCAAAAGCAGCUUCUCGUUUGCCAGGUAUUGGAGCUAGAGACUGUGGCUGGAACCGAUGAGCCCAACAUAAUUGAUCAGAGUCCAUCAAAGCCAUGGAAGUUAAAGUUUGAGGAUGAGAGGAAGCAAAUUGUAAUGUUGUGGCAUUUGUGCCAUGUCUCACUUAUUCACCGCACUCAAUUUUUUCUAUUAUUCAAGGGAGACCCUGCUGAUGAGAUAUAUAUGGAGGUUGAACUCAGAAGGUUGACAUGGUUGGAGCAGCACUUUGCAGAGCUUGGCAAUGCAAGUCCUGCACUUUUAGGUGAUGAACCUGCAGGCACUGUUUCAGCAAGUGUCAAGGCUCUUAAGCAAGAAAGGGAAUAUCUAGCUAAGAGGGUGAGUUCUAAACUAACAGCAGAUGAGAUAGAAUCCCUUUACUCAAAAUGGGAAAUUCAUUCGUGCGGAAAACAAAGGAGAUUACAAUUGGUGAACAAGUUGUGGACAAACCCUUAUGACAUGGAGCACAUUAAAGAGAGUGCUGAAAUAGUUGCAAAAUUGGUUGGCUUCUGCGAAUCCGGUGAACAGAGUAAGGAGAUGUUUGAGCUAAGCUUUGCAAACCCUUCAGAUAAGAAGUCAUGGAUGGGCUGGAAUUUGAUAUCGAAUCUGUUAAAUCUAUAACAAAAUACUUGUAGUUCUACUACAUUUAAAUUCUCUGUUACAUUGAUCUGGAAACAAAUUUUGCCAUGCAAGCUGUGCAUGAUAUGUACCUAGAUAGGUGAGUAAAUGUUUGUUUCUGGUGCCUUGUAAUUAACUUGCGAUAAUAGUAAUGAAAAUUAUAAUUGUUGUCAUA